AUGUUUGAGGUGGAGGUACGAGGAAACACGUUUAACUCUAAAGAAGUCAGAAAAGUCAUGAUCAAAGUCUACCGACCAGUACACCUGAUUCAAACUGACAAACCCAUCUACCUCCCUGGACAGACAGUUCAGUUCAGAGUGGUCUCAAUGGAUUCAAAGUUAAGACCAAUUAAUCAGCUGUACAGCUUCAUUGAACUUGAGGAUUCUCACAGGAACAGGAUUGGACAAUGGUUCAAUCAAGCAUCUAACAGCAAAAUCCUGCAGCUUUCCUACCCCUUAAACUCUGAAGCCCGUGAAGGAAUCUAUAAAAUCAAUGUGAAAGUGGGUAGAGAUACGAGCUCUCACACCUUCAAAGUGGAGAAGUACACAUAUGGACAGCCUGUGCAAGGAAACAUUACAGUCAAGGUCUCUCCACUUCGUGUCAAGGCUGUUCACUACAACAAUACGCCCAUUCCUCACAUGCCGCUAUAUUUGUUUGGGGGGAAAAUAUGGUCUAUAAGAUUACUACAGAACCUCACGACUGACAGCAACGGUUUCACCACAUUCUCUGUCAGCACAGACACAUUUGUUGGAGACACUCACCUGAUUAUAAGUAGCACACCAGAAAUGCCGGACCCACAGUAUAGAACAGCUCACAUUGCCUGGCAACACCAAACCGUUCGUCAGUCCCGACCUCCUUCUGUUGACAUUAAAACAAGCAGUGUCUUGAAGAUAAAGAAGAUUCACCCCGCCCUUCCAUGUGAUAAAGAAGUGGACAUCUCCAUUGAUUACACCGUUGUGCAUGAACCACAGGGAUCUGUAGAUAUCGUUCAUCUGUUCUUCACAGAAAAAUGCUUUAGAAAUAAGGUGUCGUUGGAGUUGUCUCCAUCUCCAGCUGUUCCUGGAGAGGAGAUCAAAUUGCAACUAAUGGCUCAGCCUGACUCCCUGUGUGGUAUCAGUGCCGUCGAUCAGAGUGUCCUCAUUAAGGAACCCGGGAAGACUCUGGAUAAAGAAAAGAUCUUUGCCAUGCUGCCUGUUAAAAAAAUAUCACAUAUACCAUACCAAGUCCAAGAUCCUAAAGAAUGUAGGACAUAUGUUUUACCACAGCCAGGAACUGUUUUCCAGAAUGUAGGACUGAAAACAGCAACAAAUCUGGUAAUGAGACUACCCAUUUGUUUAAGGUCCAGGGAGAGAUAUUAUGAUCGAGGCCAUCGUGUACCAAUGUCAGGACGUGUUAAUGUUGGAUCAGCUGGACGAGGCCCCGUUAUGGAACCUGAACCAGUAAAAACAGUUCGCACUUUCUUCCCUGAGACCUGGAUAUGGGACCUUGUGGAGACUGGAUCCAACGAGCCGCAGGUUAAAGUGAUAGCAGAGCAAUCCUCAGAUUACACCCUCACGCCCCUCUCUGGGGACCAGUACACAUCCUGCCUUUGCGCCAACGAGCGGAAGACCCUCAGCUGGACCAUGACAGCUACAGCUUUGGGUGAAGCUCUGACUGAGGAAACGGAGCUACAGCUGCCUCAGAACGUGAUUGAGGGAUCUGGCCGUACCUCAGUAUCUGUCCUCGGUGACAUUCUUGGCCGCGCCCUACAGAACUUGGAUGGUCUGCUGCAGAUGCCGUAUGGAUGUGGGGAACAGAACAUGGCACUGCUGGCUCCUAACAUCUACAUCCUGGAAUAUCUACAACGUUCUCAACAGCUGACCUCAGCCAUUAAGGAGAAGGCAUCCAACUUCUUAACCAGCGGCUAUCAGAGACAGCUAAACUACAAAGACAAAGAAGGUGGAUACAGCACAUUUGGAUCAGGACCAGGAAACACUUGGCUGACAGCUUUUGUUCUGAGAUCUUUCUCCAAAGCUCAGUCUUUCGUCUACAUCGACCCAGAAAAACUAGAGCAAUCAAGGACUUGGCUGAUCAAAAAGCAACGUAGAAACGGCUGCUUUGAGAAGUCAGGAAAGCUCUUCAACAACAGAAUGAAGGACGCUGUGGUGAAACGAAGCCUGUCGUGCCUCAGAGAGUCCGUCAAUGAUUUCAGCAACAUCUACACUACAGCUCUGCUGGCGUACGUCUUCACUCUGGCAGGAGACAUGGAGACCAGAGCUCACCUCCUGCAGCACCUCGACUCAGUGGCCACUAAAGAUGGUGGUUUCACCCACUGGUCUCAGACAGCAGCAGAAACAUCUGCCUCUCUGUCUGUGGAGAUAAGCUCCUAUGUGCUGCUGGCUAAACUCUCUGCCUCCCACACUACCGAGGAUCUGGGUUAUGCUGCAGGGAUUGUUCGGUGGCUGACGACCCAGCAGAACUAUUAUGGAGGAUUCUCCUCCACUCAGGAGACGGACACCUUCAUGAAGGUCGACCAAUGCCUCUCCCACAGGUUUGUGGACCCCAGCUGCAGGAGGUUUCCUUGGCACAGCUCGAGCGUGAACUGGGGGAUUACCUCAGAUCCUUAA